AUGGCCCUUGCUCUGCGCCUCUUCCUCCUGCUCCUCCUGGCCGUGGCCCUGCCUGCCAGGGCUGCCCAGGCUGCUCCGCUGCAAGCGCGGGGAGCAGAUUGGGAUGGUGACAUGGCUUAUCCGGAUGCCCUGUUGGAUGACAGCUUGGACCUCUUGGAGAAUGCUGGAGGUCCUCCUAGAUGGAAGAAUGCAGACACAGGACACAAGAAAUCCCUGGAGGCAGCGAAACAUCUAGACCAGAUGCUGAGAGACCUGGAGAGACGCCGUGUAAUGGACCAAAUAUCUCAGUGGAAGGAGGCACAUCCUGGAGGAAGCAGUGGCUCAGUGCCAACCUCUACUCCAGGGAGGAAGGCGAUGCCAGGCGCAGGCACAGGCACAGGAGAAGUGCUUGUCAAGUCACAUAAAAACGCUCAGAAUCCACCGAGUACCCCAAGAGUUUUCUGCCCCCAGGAUGUGCGCAAAUCCUGCAUGAUAGGCACAGUAGUGACACUGUUCACUGUGCCACUUUCUAUGGUCGUGUGCUGUGUUGGUUUCCGGUGGUGGAAGGAAAAGAAAGAUGCCGCUGCCGCAGCUCCAGCAUCCUGGCCGAGAAGCCAUGACUCUCCCUCGCCCCCAGGGAGCCCAGAGACCGUCGGGUUUGGCAGCUCCCAGACAUGGCCUCCGCAGCAGCAGUUGUCCAAGAAAGCAGAGCACCAGCACUCCGUGCCUCCGCCACGGCCCCCCAGCCCGGCUGUGAAGCGGAAGCCUCCCGAGAUCCCCCCACCUCCUCCCCUCCCGAGCCCCCCGCCCUGGUCCAGCUAGGGCUGGAACGGGGCCAGCCACGGCAGUGCAUGGGCUACAAACAGCUUUGGACACCUGCCCUCCUGUACAAAUGACAUCCAUUACCUAUGGACAGCAGCCAGAGUCAGUUUUCAUACUGUUCUAACUUCAACAGGAAGGGCUGAAGAUUCUUUCCUGCCCUGUCUCAUCCUUUACCACCUGGAUAUUCAUACAGUUGGUUGCUGGCUGCAUCUGUUAAAGACUUUAGUAGCACUGCAUGUUUUACCCCACCUGUCAGGGAACAAAAAAAA